CUUUGAUCAGAACCUGUUGAGUACAAAGCACAACAUAAUGGAGUCGAGCCCAUGCGGAAUGAAGCUGUGCUUUUUAAUCACACUGCUCAGUGUCCCGGCCUGCUUGGGGCAUCCAGCGGCUCCAGUUUUCCUCAGUAGGACUGAAGCUAACCAGGUGUUUCUGCAUCGCUUCCGACGUGCUAACUCAUUCCUGGAGGAGCUGAAAAUUGGGAAUCUGGAGAGGGAGUGUCUGGAGGAGAAAUGUUCCUAUGAGGAGGCCAGAGAGAUCAUCACUGUGCCUGAGCAACUGCAAGCGUUUUGGAAGGUGUACACAGAGGCGGACCACUGUAAAUCAGAGCCAUGUGCGAAUGGGGCCACUUGUAACAGUCAGGGGAAUAAUUACAUCUGCAUAUGUCCACCCAAGUUUGAGGGACGCAACUGCGACAAAGCAACAGUUCCAGAGAAUUCCUACGUCUGCUUGUAUAAAAAUGGAGGCUGUGAGCAUUUCUGCACUGACGUUCAAGAUUCGGUCCACCAGUGUCACUGUGCUCCUGGCUAUAGCUUGGGUGAAGACAACAGCAGUUGUAUAGCUCAUGAACCCUUUGCUUGUGGUAGACCAGUGGCAAUAAGCAUAGGUCCAAGGGUUGUAAAAGGAAACUUGUGCCCAAAAGGACAGUGUCCCUGGCAGGCAUUGCUUGAAUACAAGGGUGUGUAUAAGUGUGGGGCAAUUGUUCUAAAUUCCUGGUGGAUUCUCACAGCAGCUCACUGUGUUUGGAAACAAGACAUAUCCCAAAUACAAGUCACAGAAGGCGAGCAUAUCCGUUUCAAGAAGGAAGGCACAGAGCAGACUAGACAAGUGUCUAAAGUUUUCAUCCACCCUUUGUACAAUCACUCAUCCACUGACAGUGACAUAGCACUGCUGCGCCUGCGCAGGAACAUAACAUUAAAUCCCUACAUUGUGCCCAUCUGCCUCCCGCCAUCCAAUGGCACAUUUGUUCGCACCCUGGGAACAGUGCGUAUGUCCACUGUGAGUGGAUGGGGUCUGCUGUCUCAGUUCGGACCUUCGUCCACUGUGCUUCAGAGGUUGGAAGUGCCAAAGGUUCCCCUAGAGCAGUGCCAAGCCCACUCAGGUCUCACAUUAACCAACAACAUGCUGUGUGCUGGGUUUAAGGAAGGAGGUCGGGAUGCGUGUAAAGGGGACAGCGGAGGACCACUUGUUACCCUGUACAAUAAAACCUGGUUCCUGACGGGCAUAGUGAGCUGGGGUAAAGGCUGCGCUCGCUCAGACAUGUAUGGGAUCUACACUCGUGUUUCCAUCUUUGUUGACUGGAUUAUGAAAACUAUGGCUAUGAAUGAAUGAAGGAACAUCUUCAAAUAUCUUACAAAAUUAUAAAUAUUAAAAAUGUUUAAUUAGCAUUCUAUGAAAGAAUGCAUAUAUGCUUAUAUAUACAAAGUGUUACUUGAGUUUGUAAAACCUUGAGAAGUUUCUGUAUUUUAACACAAUUCCUUAAAGGAGAACUCCGGUGUGAAAUGGACUAUGGGUGUAUUAAGACAUGAUAAAGAAGUACUUACCUGUGUUGAAUAGCCAACCUCUGCUCUCCCACAGCUUUCUGAAAUCCAGUAUUUUUUCUGCACUUUGCCCAAAAAGGCUUUAGAAUGAGUGAGACGGGGCAUAUUUGGCCCCUGCAGAUAAAUCUCCUUUAACACUGUUAUUGAGGCUCAAAGUAGCUUCACAUUUCACUGGUAGAAUCCAGAGAGCCCUGACAUUUAAAACAAGGCAUUUAAAACUUUAAAACUGCACAAGAAGUUUAUUAAAAGCCACUGUUUACAUCCCAUAGCUUAGGUGAAUCCCCCUGCACCAUCAUCUUAAAUUUAAGUCACGAAAUGUCAACCGUUAAGCACGACCAAAUAGGUAGGAUAGUUGAGCAGAUUACAUAACUGCAAAUGAAUUCCCUGGAAAUGCAUGAAUUACAGCUGUUGCUGAAAAUAUCUGGUUACUGUCAAUAUUAGAAUGCAAAGAACCAACAACAAAUUACAUAAACAUUGCUCAAAAUGUUUUACUAUUUGUGAUCGAUGGUUAAAUUAAAUUUAAGAUGGCGGCACCUGGAGAUUUAUCUACGAUAUGGGAUGUAAACAAUGGCUUUUAAUAAACUUCUUGCGAAGUUAUAAAGCUAUAAAUACCUCGUUUUAAAAGUCAGGUCUCUCCAGAUUUCACCAAUGAAGUGUGGAGCUACUUUGAGCCUGGAUGACAGUGGAAGACAUGCCCCUUCUCACUCAUUCUAAAGCCUGUUUGGGCAAAGUGCACAAGACACUGGAUCUCAGAAAGCUAUUCAACUAUUCUGUUUUUAUUAAGUUUUAAUAAACUCAAAGUCCGUUUCACACUGGAGUUCUCCUUUAAAGUCGAUGAGGAAAACCAAAUAAAAAAAUGAGACAAAAAUGUUAGACUUGGACAUUUAUUUAUUAAGGAACACAAUCCAAUAUCACAUAUCUGUGGGUGAAAAAAAUAUUUAAUGCACUGCUUUCAGUAUCUUGUGUGGCACCCUUGUGCAGUAAUAACUGCAACCAACCGUUUCUGGUAGUCUUAAACAUGAGCUAAAAGAAAUUAUAGUCCAUUCCUCAGUAUAACAUUGUUAUUUUCAUUUUUGUUCUUUAACCAUUCUUUGGUAGAACAACUGGUGUGCAACUGGGUUUUUGUCACGCUGCAUAACUCACCUUCUCUUGAGUCUUGAUUUUCUGACUGGUUUGCUGACACAGAUGCAGCAGAACAGGCUCUAUUUUGCCCACAAAACGUGUCCAUGUGAUCUUUAACAUUAGCCAAUAAGAGAAAGGCCUUCGGUUACAUAAAAGUGUCCCUGUGGUCUUGCAGACACUGGGUGUGAUUUUUGGAUUUGUGUUUUUUUUUUUGCUUUUCCAAGCCUCAGAAAUCUCCUGUGUUUGUGACAGGAUACAUUUUCACAAACAUCUGUUGUGGAGAAGAUUGUGCAUUUGAUUGACACCUGCUUUUCAAAUAAAACAUGGCUAUGCCCAUUUA